AUGGAUGCGAAAUUGGACCGGGAGCAAAUGGAGCUGUUGGAGAACUGGAAUGAUGUGGUGGAUGGAAAAGAUGAUGUAGUGCUGGUGGCUGCAUUAGGCCAUGACCUCCAACUCUCACUGGAGCGGUUCACAGCGUUUAAAGCAGUUGGGAUGAAGAUCAGCACCUCCAAAUCCGUGACCAUGGUCCUUAGUCGAAAGAGGGUGGAGUGCCCUCUCCGGCCUCCCAGGAAAAAGGGGGAGCAUGUUGAUGAAAGGGUCACGGGGCAAGACAACCUUCUGCGGUCUUAUUUUAAUUUCCUUCCUCUUAUCUUCACUGCAGGCUGUGGGCUAGAGUUCCUCCUAGUUCUCUGCGGCCUGGAGUUUUCCUGGUCCUGCCCCCGUCACUGCAUCUGCUACACGGCACCCAGCACAGUUUCCUGCCAAGCACACAACUUCUUGACGGUCCCCGAAGGAAUCCCGCCUGACAGCGAACGCAUCUUUCUGCAAAACAAUAAGAUCCAUCGGCUCCUCCGAGGUCACUUCAGCACCAACACGGUGACGCUUUGGAUAUACUCCAACAACAUCACAUACAUCGAGCCCUCAACCUUUCACGGCUUCACGCUGCUGGAGGAGCUGGAUUUGGGAGACAAUCGCCACCUGCGCUCUCUGGCUGAAGACACUUUCCACGGUCUGAGACGUCUCAAUGCUCUGCACUUGUACCACUGCGGACUCAGCUCACUCCCGAAUAACAUCUUCCAAGGACUAAGGAGCCUGCAGUAUCUCCACUUGCAGCAAAAUCACCUGAAGUUCCUGCAAGAUGACACUUUUGCUGACCUCCACAACCUAAGCCACCUAUUCCUCCAUGGAAAUCACCUGUGGAGACUCAACCAGAACACUUUUAGGGGUCUUCGGUCCCUGGAUCGACUCCUUCUGCACCAAAACCAGAUCGAGUGGGUUCACCACCUGGCGUUCCAUGAUCUCAAACGUCUCACCACCCUCUACUUGUUCAACAACUCCCUUAUGCAACUGUCAGGGGACAGCCUAGACACGCUGCCCGCUCUGGAGUAUCUGCGUCUUAAUGACAACCCCUGGUCAUGUGACUGCAAGGCCCUCACGCUGUGGGAGUGGUUAAAACGUUUUCGAGGUUCAACGUCCUCUGUUGGCUGUCAUGCACCUUUGGCCAUGAUUGGGAAAGACCUGAAGGAAUUGCACAAGGAGGACUUCUCCAACUGUUCCCCAAAUUCUGAAUCCAGAGCGCAGACCAACAACUUAUCAGGCACAGUCAGCCCACCGUCAAUUAAUCGUGGGGUAGUGGCUAGCUCCGGGGGCCAGAGCAACGUGGUGAACCCCUCCAGAGCCGGCCGUCCUCGAAACUGCUCGAAGAAUCGCAAUCGAGGGAACAAGGGCAAGAGUGACAACGAGGUCCACCACUCGAAGGAGGUCAUGGCAGAUAAGGAGGAUUCCUCUCCGGAUUUUUCAGAUGGAGGAAAGCACGAUCACACGUCCCCAGACGGCACUGUCACAAGAAGGAAGCAUAAGUGCAUUCCGCGGACCACUGUUCGACCCCCUAGUGGGGUUCAGCAAGCCAACAACAGGGCAACCUUAUCCCGGCCCUUAUUAUAUGUCUAUGUCCUUAUGGUUGCCUUGACGACAACAAAUAUUGGCGUUAUUCUGCGCUGA